CUUCCACUUUGACGAGGACGCGCACAGACUCGCGGGUCGUGGACGCGCUUUCCCCCGAAAUGCUUCUGGUGCGCACCUCCUCCGUAACUCUCUCCACAAAGUGAAAGGAGCCUGUUCGUAAAACUUCAACUGCAUGCAAAUGGUCCCACUCACCUCGAUUAACAUGAUCUAAUCAUCUAAUGGCACUGGGACAUUGCGUCUCCCACGGUAGACAGGUACUGUCCAGCUCGGUGACGGCGUGAAAGGUGCGUGGACGCGCUCGGGGAGCUGAUCGGCUGCACGGUUUUCAGUAAAGCAAUCUUAAGUCCCUCCCAUCUGCCCGCCGACAUGGAUGGCAGGAAGCCGACGCCAUGGCAGAACUUCUGCGAGAAGGCAAAGCCCCUGCUGAACAACAUGAAGAAGGGGCGGAUCCCUCUCGGCAAGCCCAAAGUACGCAGGAAGCUGGUCCGAGGUCGGCGCAGCAUCUCCGUGCCCGACUUCAGGCUCCUGCAGGAUGACUCCAGCUCCACCACCUCUUCCAUCCCCUCCCCGGGGUUCGACCCGAAGACGCUGUUCUUUCCGUACCCCUCCCAUCUGCCUCAAGCGAGCACAGACAGAUCAGGAACCGGUGUGGCGGAGGACGAGAGCGAGGACGAGGUGGGGAUCGGGACGCCGACCUUCAGCGUAUCGGGGUCGCUGGACGAGGAUAAUCAGAGUGUCAGCGAGGUGAAGAUGAAGGUGCCAUCGGGGUCGGAGACUCCUGAGGACAAGUCUGAGUCUCAGAGCGACACCAAAGACCCGAACAUCCAGAUGACUAAAGAGCCCGAUGAUGACAGUGUUUUUGAAGUGGAAUUCGAGGCAGUGCCGGGGACCGCAGUGCCGGCGACCGCAGUGCCGGCUACCCCAGUGCCGGCGACCCCAGUGCCGGCGACCCCAGAGAAGACGUUCUACAUCACUGUUUCCCUAAAGGAAGGCCGGAGGCUGGUCAUCAGAGAUCGAUGUGGCACAAGCGAUCCCUACGUCAAAUUCAAGUUGGAUGACAAGACCAUUUACAAGAGCAGAGUCAUGUUCAAGAACCUCAAUCCAAUAUGGAACGAAUCCUUCAACUUUUCUGUUCAGAACCUGGAGCAAAAACUGAACAUUAAAGUGUAUGACCGGAACCUGACCACGGAUGACUUCAUGGGCGGUUCCUGUAUCUUGCUGCGCGACCUAACAUUAGACAGGACUCACGAGAUGAUGCUGCCGCUGAAUGAUCCCAACAGCAUCGAGGAUGACAUGGGCGUGAUACUGUUAGACGUGCAGGUGUCAGCCACCGAAAAGGAGAAUAAAAGAAACAUGGCCGACCUGGCUCUCUCAGAAACGCUGAGGAAGAACCGGCUCUGGAACUCCGUAGUGGGCAUUACGCUGCUGGAGGGUCAGGAUCUGCCUGCUGAAGGACAAGGGGACGUCUUUGUGCGCUUCCGGCUGGGGGACCAGAAAUUCAAGAGCAAGAACCUCUGCAGGAAAGCCUGUCUACAGUGGGGAGAGCGGUUUGAUUUCAACCAGUUCCAGGAUGGGUCGGACCUCCUGGAGAUUGAUGUUUGGGUUAAGGACGGCCGGAAGAAUGAGGAAUGCUUGGGAAUGUGUAUUAUCGACCUGUCCAAGGUGCCGUUUGGACAGGAGAAGCUGUUCACCCAGGCGCUGGAGCAGGGCAAGGGCAAGUUGGUGCUCCUGAUAGUGCGCAACCCAUGCUCCGGGGUCUCAAUCUCUGACCUGUGUUCGCCAAUGCUGGAGGACCAGAAGGAGAGGCAGGACAUAGAGGCUCGAUAUUGCUUAAAAAACACUUUGCACGAUAUGAGAGAUGUAGGAUUCCUUCAAGUCAAGGUCAUCAAGGCCUCGGACCUGAUGGCAGCUGAUCUAAACGGAAAGAGUGACCCGUUUUGUGUGCUCGAGCUGGGUAACAACAGACUGCAGACUCACACCAUAUGCAGGACCCUCAAUCCCGAGUGGAACAAAGUCUUCACCUUCCCAAUCAAAGAUAUUCACGAUGUACUAGAGGUGACAGUCCUUGAUGACGAUGGAGACCAGCCCCCAGAUUUCCUGGGGAAGGUGGCCAUUCCGCUGCUUUCGGUGCAGAAUGGCCAGCCAGUCUCUUAUGUCCUGAAGAAGGAGGAUCUGGGGGUGCCCUUUAAGGGAGCCAUACAUCUGGAGCUUGUGGUUAUUUAUAACCGGGUAAGAGCGGGUAUUCGGACCUUCAAGCCAAAGGAGGCCAAGUUAAUGGAGGUUAACCCAAAGUUUAACAAAAAGAUCUUAGCGCGGAACGUGUACCGUGUUCGGAAAAUCACCAAAACUCUGCUCUACACGCUUCAGUACAUCAGGAGCUGCUUUCAGUGGGAGUACAAACGAAGAAGUAUGAGAGCCUUCAUUAUCUUCCUGCUCACGGUCUGGGGGUGGGAGGUCUGCAUGCUGCCUCUCUUCUUCCUCCUGCUCCUCGUGUGGAGCUACUUCCAGGUCACCACUGGAAAGAUCAGCGGCAGCGCUGACCUGGAUGGCAUGGACUUCGGAGAUGAUGAUGAAGAUGAGAAGGAAUCUGAGAAAAAAGGACUAAGGGAAAAAAUUCACAUGGUACAAGAGGUUUUGGUCGCCGUGCAAAGUAUUCUAGAAGAAAUCGCAUGCUUUGGAGAAAGACUUAAAAACACCUUCAACUGGUCAGUGCCGUUCCUGUCCAUCCUUGCCUGCCUUGUGCUCCUUGUGGCCUCGGUUGUCACCUACGUUGUCCCUCUGCGCUACAUUAUAUUAGCCUGGGGAAUCCACAAAUUCACCCGGAAACUCCGCAACCCACAUGUCGUCGACGGCAGCGAGCUGCUGGACUUCUUACAGAGGGUCCCCACCGAUGUGCAGAAGGUGCAGAGAAGCAGGCUGAAAGCAGUCAGCAGCCAGAACCCACAAAGGAAGAGGUGGGGGGCACUGUAAGCACCAGGUCCAUCAUGCUGACCCUGACCGUCCACAGAACCGUCCGUCCUUCAAGGUCGGAAGCCUGUGGACCUGACGCUACUGCGUCCUUAAACAUCCUAUUCCUGUAAAAACAUCCCGCUCUGGUGCUAGCAAUGUGAAGGUCUGUCAUGCAAGAUAUUUUUACACUUUUUUUUUUUUUUUUUUUUUAGCAAAAUAAUUCUUGCAAUGAAGUCUAUUUUGCAUAUCUUAACUCUUAUGAUUUGCAGAUAUGUAUGAUCCUGAGUGCUGAUUUACCUGUUUUUAUUUUGCAUUUAUUUUUGGUGUCUUUCAUCAGUAUUACACACAUGCUUCUGUGACACUGUGAGCUAUUAAAACGGUGGUUAAUUUUAUCUGUGGAUUACAUUGCAUCAAUGUUAACAUAGCGAUCUCCACAGAAAACAUGAAUCCCAGUAUAUAUGUUAAGAGGUACAGCAGUGUUUGUGAUUUAGGGCAAAUAGGUAUGUUACCCGCUCAUCGACCUGAUUGAAAUAUUACAUUUUAACUGCCUGUAUGACUGUUUUUUCUUAACUUAAAAUAAUGUCCAUUCUAUUUGCAGCUGUCAUUCUGCUUCAAUGAACCAUUAAAGUAUCCCUCUUGUGUAACUGCU